UGGCCUCACAAAACCAAUCAAGUCGUGCACCACUCUUCUUCCUCUUUCCCCCCACCAAAGUCGUUCCGGUCUAUCUUGAGAGUAUUUACUGAACAAAGUUCAGAGAAGAGGCUCAUCCUUGUAAUCUUCAAAAAUGGCGUCACAGUCUGAUCAACAUCACAAUAAGGAAGCUAACAUAAUCGACGGCAAAGCAAUCGCACAGACGAUUAGAUCUGAAAUCGCUUCCGAAGUUCUACAUCUCUCCAACAAAUAUGGCAAGGUCCCAGGACUGGCUGUGGUCAUUGUAGGCUGUAGGAAAGACUCUCAAAGCUAUGUGAGUAUGAAGAGAAAGGCAUGUGCUGAAGUUGGGAUUAAGUCUUUUGAUGUGGACCUUCGGGAGCAAGUAUCUGAAGCUGAAUUGAUUAGCAAAGUCCACGAGUUAAAUGCACAUCCUGAUGUACAUGGUAUAUUAGUCCAACUUCCUUUGCCGAAGCAUAUAAAUGAAGAGAAAGUCUUAAGUGAAAUAAGCAUUGAGAAGGAUGUUGAUGGCUUUCAUCCUCUGAACAUUGGCAAGCUUGCCAUGAAAGGCAGGGAACCUCUGUUCCUUCCUUGUACCCCCAAGGGAUGUCUUGAGCUUCUAUCACGGAGUGGUAUUAGCAUAAAGGGUAAAAAGGCAGUUGUGGUGGGUAGAAGUAACAUAGUUGGAUUGCCAGUUUCGCUACUACUUUUGAAGGCUGAUGCCACUGUUACUGUGGUCCACUCGCAUACUCGUGAUCCAGAGAGCAUCAUCCGUGAAGCAGACAUUAUUAUCGCUGCAGCAGGACAAGCAAUGAUGGUUAAGGGUAGCUGGAUCAAACCUGGUGCAGCAGUCAUUGAUGUGGGAACAAAUGCUGUGGAUGAUCCAAGUAGAAAGUCAGGAUACAGACUUGUGGGAGAUGUGGAUUUCCAUGAAGCAUGUAAAGUUGCUGGAUGGGUAACUCCGGUUCCAGGUGGUGUGGGUCCAAUGACUGUUGCAAUGCUACUCAAGAAUACCUUGGAGGGUGCCAAGCGAGUAAUGGCGCAAUGAACCAUGCAUUCAUUUUUGUCAGUAGAAUGUUGCUGCUUGUUCUUAAGUAAUAAUUUUGUGGGACAGCAGUACUAAUAUAUUUCAAAGAAGGAUUUUUAUGUUGUGUAUUUUGCCAAAAAUAAAUGCUGCGGGUAUGUGUUGUGUUGUGUUUGUAUUGAAGUACAUGGAAUUCUUUGUAGGACAAGUGAAGGAAGAGUUUGAAUUGUCCAUUCAUAUUAUUCUCAUUUCAUUUUUCUAA